AUAAGAGCUACCUGAUUGUCAAACUACAUCUACGAUAACCCAUCGUCCUUGAGAAGUCCUGGGUCGAAACUUUCACAGCUUCUAACAAGAAAUAAAUCAUUUGUAAUUAGAAGAACCCACCUAACCUCCUCUGUCGUUCAGUUUUGAUCUCAGAUUAACCUCCUCCCCCUCGCUCUUUCUAUCCCCAUCAGCAUCAUGUUAUACGCAAAUAACAUGUAGCUUUAGCAGCAAAGAUGGGGAAGAGAAGCGAGAAAGUUUCGACAAGAUCGUCUCAAACUCUACCACCGUCACCCUCACAUUCUUUCUCUUCCUCUUCCUCCUCAGACUUUGAGUUCACAAUCUCUUUAUCUCCACGCAAAUCCUCAACAACUCUUUGCCCAGCUGAUGAGCUCUUCUACAAGGGCCAGCUCUUGCCUCUCCAUCUCUCUCCACGCAUCUCCAUGGUCCGUACUCUUCUCUUAGCUUCAUCAAGCACCUCUUCCUCCUCUGACACCACCACCACCGCCUCCCGUGACUCCACUGGCAGCUCCAAUGACUCUACUUCAUCCUUUACGAGUGAUAUGGUCUUGCUAGGAGAUUGUGACUCGUCAAGACCUAGUUCAGUCACCGAAGAUGAUGAGUUCAGGAGGCUUAAUAACAACCACCCUCAUUUUCAAAACGAUGUUCACUUGAGUUCACAGAUCAAUAAGAAGGGUAGCAAUAAGUACUUCUCUCUAUCAAGAUUCUCUUCUGUUUUCAAGAAAGAGAACAAGAGCCGUGAAAAUGAUAACGUACCCGGUUCUUCAGUGAAAAGAAUAAGCGUUACAGCAAAAGAGGUUAUAAGGAAGUACUUCAAGAAAGUGAAGCCAUUGUAUGAGAAACUAUCUCAGAAACAACAGCAAAAAAUGGGAGGCCAUGUGCAUUCAAUAUUGCCGACAUCAACAGCAAUUAAUACAACUGUCACUCUGUCAACGAAAUUGGAGAGAUCUAUGAAAGAUAUUGAUGAUGUGAUCUCUGGCAAGGAUGCGAGAAAGGAAAGUACUGCUAAUACUGGAGUAUUUUCUCAUUCUUUCUCGGGAAAUUUGAGGUACCCAAGAAGGAGAAGCUGCGUUUCUAGCUGUCCAUCCUCAAUGCGGUCAUCUCCUAGUCACUCUGGUGUGCUCAGUAAAAACGGGUUUAUGGGUGGUUCAGCAGCUGGUCCAACAAGUAGGAUUGCUGCAUCUGCAGGUGGUGGCAUGUGCUACGGAGACGCAUCAUCAAUGGAGGAGCUGCAGAGUGCUAUACAAGGUGCGAUUGCUCAUUGCAAGAACUCCAUGAUGCAAAACAAGACCAUGAUCAAUAAUGAAAUCUAAUGCAAGCUAGAGAUUUAAUUAACUCUUGAUCAGGAAGCUAAUUUAUUUUACUUAAUUUUAGUACUGUUAUGUGUGUUCCCUGCAUAUGGUGUACUUGUGCAACACUGAAUUUUAAUUUUGUCAGUUAAUUUGGACAUGAAAAUCGAAGUUUGUUA